AUUAUCAUAGCCACACCGCUUCAUACCAAAGUGUGUGGCCACCUUCACGCAGUUGCAGUGAUUUCCUCCCUACAUCGACACAAGGUAUGGUAACAUGCGCACGCUCACAUAUUGGCUACCUAGGUACCUACCUAUCACGUUGAGGUCCCUGCACCUCCCUGGUUCUCUCCCUCCCUUCUCCUCCCUUCUCCUCCCUUGUCAAUGAGCAGCGGCUUUUAUAUCGAGCUCCAUCUCGUUACGAAAGUAGUCAAUGGACGCUUCCAAUCUACAUUGUAGUAUCACAAUUCCUGCUUCACCAUCGUAUUAGCCUUGUUUUGUCUGAGUAUUCGGACAUAUUCUUGAUCCUCCUCCCAUUAUGUCUUCCAAUCCAUCAUCUGCUUCGCGUCUCUCGCAGCUUGCGGCCUUGAUCCGCGAGUCUGUGACGAAAUUAGAAGAGACAUUAUCCGCGCAAGGAUUUCAAUCUCCAUCUCUGGACGAGGAUGCUCCUCAGUCGCUUCCCAGAGAUACAGUCGAUAUGAGGGAUGUGAUCAUUGACUGCGCUGCCGAGCUACAAGCUUUGCUUCUAGGUCCUUUGGAGAUAAUCUACAGAAAUGGCGCGCAUAACAAUUGCGUGUCUUUGCAGGCAAUUUCCCGUCUCAAGAUUGCCUCAUUGGUACCAAUUGGUGGGCAAACUACAUUUGCCAAAAUUGCCGAGCAAACCGGCCUGGACGAGCGCGCAGUGCGUCGACUUCUGAGGCACGCAAUGACGUUGCGAGUCUUCCGAGAGCCAGAGCCGGGUGUGGUAGCCCACACGAAGGUAUCCAAGGUUCUUACCAAUCCUGUAGCUAAUGAUUGGUGCCGGGCUGGAACCGAGGAAAUGUGGCCAGCUGCUACAAAGAUGGUUGACGCAUUUCAAAAGUGGCCUGGAUCUCCUGAACCGAACCAUACGGGAUUCUCUCUAGCAAACAAUACGGAGGACAGUAUAUACCAGGUCCUUGAGAAAAACCCCGAGCGAGCCUCUCGGUUCGCAAACACGAUGAUAGCUUACACCAUGAUGACGGAAUACGAUACCUCUCAUAUCUUCAACAAUUAUGAUUGGAAGUCAUUAGGCCAAGUUCAAAUGAUCGACGUCGGGGGUGGUGCGGGCCACCACAGUAUGGAACUAGCCAGACGCUUCCCGAACCUGUCUGUCAUCGUUCAAGACAUGAAUGAAAUGUUUGAAGGUAUUAAAGUCCCAGAAGAACUCGAAGGCAGAUUCGAAUUCAUGGCCUACGACUUGUUUGCGCCCCAGACUGUCCAAGCAGAUGUCUACUUCUUCCGAUGGAUUUUCCACAACUGGUCUGACAAGUACUCCAUCAUGAUUAUCAAGGCUCUCAUACCUGCCUUGAAACCAGGAGCAAAGAUUAUUCUCAACGAAUCAUGCAUGCCAGAGCCUGGAGAAAUCGCACAUUGGAGAGAACAAGACUUGAGGUCGUUCGACAUCAGCAUGGGUGCAUCCUUCAAUUCGUACGAGCGAAGCCUCGAUGAAUGGAAAGCUUUACUUUCAGAGGCAGACCCAAGGUUCGUGUUCCAGCGAGUGUCUGGAGCCAAGGACUCUGCACUCUCAAUCAUCGAAUUUGUUUGGUCCGAUGGGAAGCAUUAGCCAAAUCAGCUAGAGCCUGUACGGAGUGGAUUUGAGUUAUUAUGGCCUGUGUGCUCGAAAAAUUUCAUUGUAUUUGUGUGUGUAGGUAGUCACGAAAUGAACUACUAAGGUUGAAUAUUGGAAUCGGAUUUGCGAUUUAUUCACGGUUCUCAGGGAGCUAAACAGUGACAUGCUUACACAGAGCUCGCAUGAAGUACUAAGAUGUACAGUAGCCAUGCAAAAGAGUCUAGUACUGAAGUUUCCAUAUAGGGUACCUAGGUAGUCUCCUGAGAGCUGAGGUUCGCUCAACUAGUAUGCACCAGUCAGUUCCGUUAGCUGGA